AAGUUAACAACAAUAAUAAUAAUGAUAGCAUAAAAUAAAUCAAAUUAGUUAACAUAAAUAUGUCAACUUAUAUUAGUUAACAUAAACAUGUCAACUCGUAUGGAAUUUGUAAACUCUUAUUGAAUUAGUAAACUUUUAUGGAAUUAGUAGACAUGAUUAUGGUAUUAGUAGACAUGGUUAUGGAAUGAGUAGACAUGGUUAUGGAAUGAGUAGACAUGGUUACUCAUAUGUACCAACUUAAGUUGGCAUCACUGUUAUUAAAAAUACAACGAUUCGACAGCGAGUACAACGAUUGGCAUAGAAUACUUUUUAUCACUUUUACUUUGCUGUGAGCCAUCUUUGGAAGCUGACUUUUCUUGUGGAUAAUUGCCUAUAAGGCCAAUGAAAAUAAAUAAAAUAAAAUUAAUUAAUUGAAUUAAAAUAAAAAGUUUCAACUAAAAAUAAAAGAAUAACGUUUUUAAUUUAUUUACAUAAAUUCAACUAAAACAAAGUUGAAACGAACAUUGGCGCCCAACGUUAAAAGUUUAAAAAUAUUUAAUUAAAAUUAUUUUUGCUGGCGGUGGUUGCUGGUGGUGAUCGGUGUUUGCUUGUGGUAAUUGCUGUUGUCAGUAUUAAGCAUUGUUUUCUGGUGGAGAUUGCUGUAUGCCAGCAUUGAAGACUAUUUUCUGGUGAAAAUUGCUGUUGCUAUUUCCCGAUAGUGAGUGCUGUUCGUUGGUGGUGACUGCUGGUGGUGGGUGCUCUUACCAUUCUCGUGAAGAAAUUAUUACGAGAGCUAAGCAAGUACAAACUGAUAAGCAAAAGUUGUCCCCAUAAAUCAAUCUUGUUGCUUUUGUCCGUGGUGUGGAAUACUGUCCCAACAAGAAAAUUCAUUUAAAAUCGGAUGUCCAGUUCGUGUUAAAAUUAUUAAUUUGAAGAAUUGUUUUAUUAUUAUUGAAGUUAUUAAAUGUUAACGAUAAGUAAAUAAAAUUUAUUUAAUAAAGGGUUGUUUAAACUAAGUGGAAGAAUUUAUAAAGUUUUAAAACUCAUUUACCUAAUAAGUGAAAGAAAAUUAAGUUGUUGAAAAUUUUAUUUUACAACGAAAUCUAAGCAGUCUUUAUCUUAGUGAGAAUAUAUUAUAAAAUAUGUCCGAGGCCGAAAAUCUUUCAACGUUGCAAAAGCAACGAUCAUCUGCUAAGGGUAAUAUAACAAGAAUAAAAAAUAUGUAUCUUGAUGGUUCAGCUUCGUUAAACCCAAUUGAUGUCCAAUGUAGAUUAGAAAUAUUGAACUCAUAUAUAAAACAACUAAUGGCUUAUCAGACUGAAAUUGAAAAGUUAUGUCCAGAUGAUAAUAAACGCGGUGAAUUAGAAGAAAUCUGUAUUAGUUGUAAAGCGUUAUUGUUAUCAAAACUAGGUAAUCGGAGAUCAAGUUUACCUCAUGAUUGUACUGUGAGUUUACCAUUGCCAUCUGCAAAUCGUUUACCUUACUUGAAAAUACCAAAGUUUAGUGGAAAAUAUUCAGAGUAUAAAAAUUUUAUAUCUUGUUUUAAUAAUUUGGUCAACGAUGAUCCAACUUUGUCUACUAUUGAGAAGUUUAACCAUCUUAUAAAUAGCCUUCAAGAUGAUGCCCUACGUACAGUAAAAGCUUUUCAGGUCAACGAAGAGAAUUACUCUAGCGCAUUGCAAAGACUUCAUGAGAGGUAUGAUAACAAUUGUCUUAUAUUUCAAGAUCAUAUAGCAUCAUUAUUCAAUUUAAAGAAAAUGGAAAAGCCGUGUAGUUCUGAUUUAAGGAACAUAGUAGAUACGGUUUCAGCGAUUUUAGAUUCUCUUUCACACAUUGGGUCUGAUAAAGAUAUAACUAACGCUAUAAUAAUUCAUUUAGUUUUAACCAAAUUGGAUUCGGGGUCAAAGGAAAAGUGGGAUGAGCAAUUAGAUUAUAAAACACUACCUAAAUGGACUGAUUGCGCUUCCGUUUUAAUUAAAAGAUGUCAAUUUUUAGAUAUUAAUGGGGACAAGUCCUCGAAAACUGAGCAAAACUCAAGUAAACUUGUUAGACCGAAAUUAAAUAAUGCAAAUAACAAUUUUAGGGAUAGAAGAAAUUCUACGUUUUCGUUCACGUGUACAGAGCCCAAAGUGGAUGAAUGUACAUUUUGUUCUGGUAAAGGACACUUUAUUAGUUCUUGCUCAAUAUUUUCCAGUUUGACAGUGAAACAAAGAUUCGAGUUUACAAAGAAGAAAGGACUGUGUAUAAAUUGUUUGCGAUUUGGUCAUUCAGUGCGAAGAUGUCGUUUUUCACGUUGUAAUAUAUGUCAAAGACCCCAUCAUGUUUUAUUGCACAAUGAUGAAUUAAUUAGACAGUCUGAUUCUGCUGCUAUUGAUAAUAAUAGUCCAGCACAAUGUUCUCUUAAUUCAAAUAAUAAUGCUCAGCGUAAUGAAUUGCCUGCUACACAAAACAGUAGUUCAGCCCAACGUACUAACAGUAAUAUAAAUUCAAGUUCAACUGGUGCUACAAGUCGUAAUAUUGCACAAUUUACAUGUUCUCAAGUGAACCAAAGGAAUGAUCGAAAUACGACGACAAUGUGUGUUUACGAAAACGAUCGCCAAGUAAUUUUAGCCACUGCUAUCGUUCAAAUUAAGGACAAGUGUGGUAAUUAUAAAUUAGUUCGAGCACUUUUAGAUUCUGGGUCACAGAUUAACUUGAUAACAGAAGAAAUUGCCCAACAACUUGCACUGAAAAGAGUUAAUACUGACUUGAAUAUAGUUGGUGUAGGAAAUAAUAGUAGAAAAAUUAAGCACAGUCUUCAAACUUACGUCAAAUCUUGUGUAAGUGAUUUUGAGUUCGAUGCACAGUUUUAUAUCAUUAAAACUAUAACUAGUAAACAACCCACGGAAAAUAUUGAUAUUAGUAGAAUGGGAAUUCCUGCUAAUGUUAUUUUAGCAGACCCAGAGUUCAAUAGGCCACAAAAAAUAGACAUUUUAGUAGGAGCAGAAUCCUUUUUUGAGUUGAUGUUAUUGGGAAAGAUAAAGUUAGGACCUACAUUGCCUAUUUUACAAAAAACACUUCUCGGUUGGAUUGUUUCGGGUACAUAUGAGUGGAUAAUUAUAAUAAACAGUCUCUAUUAUGUCAAAUAA